GGAAGUCAAGUCCGUAACGUUCAGGAAGGAAACUAAAAGCUGUCAAACGGGUCUCUACCUUUUCUGAGGUAAGGAAUGGAGUGCUCCAGGAACUUCGUCCUCUUUGACAAAAAACUUUCUAACUUCUGCUAGCAUGUUUGGAAAAUAAUGUUAAUUUAAAAGAAAAAAUGGCGUCCCAGUUGAAAUUAAACGGAACCGAACUUUUGGAAGUUGACAUAUGCGACGGUGUAUGUUCCGAGGACGAAAGCGGCGUUUUCGUCAAUUGUGUAUCCGCCUUUCAGGAUGAUUUCUCCGGCUUCCAGCAGUGGACUAACUCCACUGUGUCAACUAAUGACACAUCAUCGCCUCCGGGACAGCAGGUCCCCACCACCGGGGACCACGGAGCCCCACCUGCCGCUUAUAGGACCAGCGCGGCGGGGGACAGUGACUCUGAGACCCCGGGAGAUGGAGUCAAAUCCAGCAGGUCCAGAUCCAUAGUUGACUGUCUCUUGGUGGAGCUUUAUGAGACGUAUAAUGGAGGCAGCAGGAGGAAUUUGGACAGCUGGGAUAGCUCCACAGAGGCAUCCGGAUCUGAUGCUUUCCUGGGCCGCAGUAACUCCGGGUCCAGCUUCCUCCAGGAGCUCCAGGAGAAGCACACAAGGAGGCAUCAGAUGAACUACCUGGCCCAGAAAGCGCCGGAGGAGCUGCAUUCUAUCAUCCAGGAGGUGAAAUAUCGUACGGGCCUGCAGUCGGCCAAACUCCUCCGCCAGCUGAGGAGACGGGACCGAAUGAGCCACAAACUGCAGAAAAACUACGACAUUAUCACCGCCUGCCUUCAGGCUGUCUCACAGAAACGACGAGUUGACACAAGGCUGAAGUUUACAAUCGAACCAUCACUGGGAAAGAAUGGAUUCCAGCAGUGGUACGACGCACUUAAAUCUGUGGCCAGGCUCCCUACGGGGAUACCUAAGGAGUGGAGAAAGAGGGUGUGGCUGACGCUAGCAGAUCAGUACCUGCACACUAUCUCUAUAGACUGGGACAAGACGCUUCGUUUCGCCUUCAACGAGCGCAGCAACCCUGACGAUGACUCCCUCGGCAUCCAAAUUGUCAAGGAUCUGCACAGGACGGGCUGCAGUUCCUACUGUGGGCAGGAAGGGGAGCAGGACCGGGUGGUGCUGAAGAGGGUGCUGUUGGCCUACGCCCGCUGGAAUAAAAGUGUGGGCUACUGCCAGGGGUUCAACGUACUGGCUGCACUCAUACUGGAAGUUACAGAAGGCCACGAGAGCGAUGCACUGAAGGUGAUGAUCUAUCUGAUUGACAAAGUGUUGCCUGAGAGUUAUUUUGCCAACAACCUGCGAGCAUUGUCCGUGGACAUGGCGGUGUUCAGAGAUCUGCUCCGCCUGAAGCUGCCCCGACUGUCUCAGCAUCUCCACCAGCUUCAGAAAGCUGCCAACAGAGAGGCCGGAGGCAGCUACGAGCCUCCGCUGACCAACGUGUUCACGAUGCAGUGGUUCCUCACGAUGUUCGCCACCUGCCUGCCGGCGCCCACCGUGCUGAAGAUCUGGGACUCUGUGUUCUUCGAAGGUUCGGAGGUUCUGUUUCGAGUUGCACUCGCCAUCUGGGAGAGACUGGGAGAGAGGAUCGAGUACUGUCACUCAGCAGAUGAGUUUUACAGCACCAUGGGUUGUCUCACUCAGGAGAUGCUGGACCACAGCCUCAUUGAUCCUCCUGAACUCAUGCAGGAGGUUUACUCCAUGGCUGUGUUUCCAUUCCCUCAACUGGCUGAGCUGAGAGAGAAAUACACGUACAACAUCACUCCCUUCCCCACCUCCGUCAAAUCCAGUGGAAGUGGCGGUCUGGGCAACUGGGAGAGUGAUGACGAUGCCGAAAUGGACGAUGAAGACUCUGUGGUGACGGCGCUCGGCUGCCUCGGGCCCCUGGGUGGCCUGCUGGCCCCCGAGCUUCAAAGAUACCAGAGACACCUCAAAGACCACCGAGGGGAGCAGGGAAACAUCGCAGAGUUGAGCCCAGGAGCGGUGGGUGCUGCAGGGGGUGCAGGAGGAGGAGGAGGUGCCAAGGCGGAGCAUCAAGCAGCAAUCAACAGCAUGAUGAUGGAGAGAAUGAGCACCGACAUCUGCGCCCUGAAGAAGCAAUACACGCGCAUCAAAAGGAGGCAGCAGCAACAGGCUAUGCAACUCUACAUACGCACAGGACUUGGAACUGAUGUAGACACGAGUCCAGGUGUUUUCCAGGAGCAGCCGGACAAACACAGCGACAGUACCGACCCACACACUGACGAAAAGUGCCCUGCCACCCGUGUCCUGCCUUCCCAACUCAACCCUUCGAGCACUGUCAUCAACCACCUCCUUCUGGGUCGGAAACCACGCAGAGACCCCCGGGGCUCCAGACCCACCUCACCUAGCACCUCAACACUCCUGGGGUCACGACCUGCUUCGCUGUCCCAGAGUCAGGGCUCCCCAGCCAGGCAGCGCUGUGGCUCGAUGCUUUCCAACAGUACUGGAUCUCCAGGGAGCUGUGGAGGAGACUCAGGGUCUCCCUGGCGCGCUCAUGUCCGGGUACAUCGAAGGAAUAUAGCCAGGGCCCGAGAGCAGUUGGGUUUCGGAGAUUCAGAGGAAAGGGAAGAUGAAGAAAGUGAAGAGGAGAGACAGAUUGAGGAAAAUGAGGGAGUUGAUGAGCAAAAAGAGGAGAGUGAGUCCUCAGUGUCUCCUGAUCCGUCUGGUGAAGUGUGUGAGGAGGCUCCACAGGUGGCGGAUGGGACAGAAGUUGCAGAGGUGUCUGUGCAGCUGGACUCCCUGGAUCUGGAGGAUGAACCGAAUCUGACCUCCCCCGACAACGCAGAUACACAACCCACAUCCCAAGAGUCUGAACCUGCACCACAAGUUCCUCUUCUCCGUCCUCCACCAUCCUUAAAAAAACAACAGGAGUCCGACUCCUCAGGUUCAGAAAAAAGCUCUGACAGACACUUUACUUUACCUCCACCUCACCACUCCUUCAACUCCUCACCCUCCACCCUGAGUCCCUCCCCCUCUCCGGUCCCUACAUUGGCUUCACUUCCCCCGUCUAGCUCAUCCUCUCCUACGCCACCUUCCACCCCAGUGCCAAACUCCACAUCCUCCCUCCGAUCUUCCCUUUCAGCUAACGACUUCUCCUCCACCUUUUACAAAACUUCCUCACCCUCCACUCCCUCACUAUCCUCUAUCUCUUCAUCAUCAAGAUCUCAUUUAUCCUCCUCCCCGUCAACCCCAGCAUUAUCUUCCACCCCUAAACAGCAGGUCUAUUCCCCCUUCCCCAACGUGAAGCAGCCCAGGAAAUCAACAGCUGCCAGAAACCUCGGCCUCUACGGUCCUACAUCCAGAACACCAACAGUACACUUCCCCCAGAUCAGCCGCAACCUCAACCGCAGCAGUGCUGCUGGCACCACGGGGGCCCGAUGAAGACAUGCGCACUCCUGAACUGAUGCCACAAACACAAAGUCAUUAAGUAAAAUGAAAAAUCAUUAUUUAACUACACCGUGUUGCCUCCUGCAUAUCAAGAGUUCACGCAUAUCUUAUCUGAAGUAGAUAGACACGUAGAGUUCAGAUGUGCCCAGAGUUGCUUGAUUAUUGAUGUUGAAUUGUGAAGAUUGUAUUUCAACUGAUAAAGAGGUUAUCUUCAAACAACAAGCCAUUGCAGAUAAACGUUAAAGAGGUAAUCGUCUUUGGUUUCUACACCUUUUUAGAAAAGGAUUUUCCUUGGACUGGAACAGAAAAAGUCACUGACCUGGACAAAUGCUACCUUCUGGACUCUUUACCAAAUGUGGAAUCAUGAUGAAGAAAACGCUUUUCCUGUGAGAAAACACAAUAGCCAUACAGUUGUUUCUAUGCCAAGUAUUUCAAUAGAUACCUAAGAAUGGCUGUUAAUGAAGAAUAAUGAAUAUGUAACGUUUGUGUGCCCCAAAAACCCUCCCAGUCUUAACAUUUUUGAUUUCCUUAAGCACUUAACAUGUUUUCUUUCUUCACUCUCUGUCUGUGACGUGGUUGUUUGCUUGUGACAAAGCAUGUGAUAUCUCUGUCAAUAAUGAAGCGUAAUUUAGAAUGUUACUCAGCUUGGCCAAUGAUUGUUUCGACCGGGGUGUGAAUGCUUUCGUAAUUUAAUGUGGCAAAUCUAAAUAUCAAUGCAGAAACAGUCAACUGUCAAAUCGUAUUACUACCUGUGUUCACAUCAAAUAAACCUUGCCCAUCAUUUCAAAGGA